AUGUAUCGAACCCUACUCAUCCUCCUCACUUUCUACCUCUCAACCCUAGCAGCCGCGGGCGGCAAAGACCCAUCCAAGACCCCGAUCGAAGACACCAAGCAAGAAAGAAACAACAUCAACGCGAAAUGCCGCGGCAUCUACAUCAAUGGCGAGGGGCCCUCGAUCGCGGGCGAGGGCGUGCAGCGCCCUCUCAACGAAGACGGGACCAAAAAGCUCAAUCCCAUACGACCUCCCAGCCGGCCGCAGGCCAUCUGGGGCACAUGCGACCGUCGCAUCGGAGGAUAUAGGACGUCGAAGCUGGACCUGAACCUAUGUCUUGGGUGGAACCCGGAUACCGAAGAACUCUACCCAAAGUCCCGUGGAAACGGGAUCAAGGAGGGCGACUGCUCGUCUUGCUUCUACGCGAAGCCUGACCUCAAAUGCGUGUGCGGCGUUAAGAAGAAGGCUGAUGAUCGGAUAUCGGUUAGUUUGGAUGGGCUGGUAGAGGCUACUCAUGAUGGCUUUUUGACUUGCUUUGGCCAUACUGGAAGCCAGGUCGCGCUGGACCAAUUUGGGAGGCGAGAGGUUAGAGAUGCGUAG